GAGUUUUUUGACUCACGACUCACGUCUCACGUGCUAUUGUUAUUUUUAUAAAAAAUACUCAAUUUUGUUAUUCAUAUGCCUUAAGAAUAAACACAAUGAAGCAUAAAAGGUUUGAAGAGAACAUAUUGGUCGACGAAGCUUACACAAAUUAUGGAAGAGUUGACAAAAACGAGGACGCAAAGAAAGGGUCUGGAAUCGCUAAACAUUUUGCAGAAACUUUGGAAUAUGGGGAAAAAAAGAAAUGGUAUCAACAGUUGCCCGAAGAACCAACAUCAGCUGCUAUUGGCUUAUCAUCAGAAAAAGUUGAAGAGUUGAGGAAAGAAGCCAACAGUGCAUUGCAUGGAGACACAAUGGCUUAUGAGACUAAAACCAGCAAAAGUAGCUCAUCAGACUACCAGUGGGCUAAAACACUAUUGACUAAGGGUACUAUUGGAGACAGAGUUGCAGCUGCUACUAUAUUAAUACAGGACAAUCCAAUAUACAAUUUGACAGCUCUAAGAAAUUUAAUAAACAGUGUGAAACCAGCUAAAAAGAAGGAUGGUAUUGUUAUUAUUGAUGCAUUAUCAGAGCUCCUAAUAUCGGAACUAUUGAUACCUGACGUGAAGCUGCGUACAUUUGAACAGCAUCCAUUGGAUAAACUAGAUGAGAUGACGUCUGGCAAUAAGCAGGCAAGACGAAAUAUACUCAAGCUAUGGUAUUAUGAAGAUCAGCUCAAAGAGUUGUAUGGAACAUACGUAGAUGCAUUGAAUAAGUUCGCACAUGACUCAGUGGACGCUAAUAAGGAAAAGUCUGUGAGCGCCAUGUCCUAUCUUUUGAUGCAUCAUCCGGAAAGGGAAAAGAUGCUGUUAACAUACAUAAUAAACAAGCUGGGAGACCCAAGUCAAACGGUUGCAUCUAAAGUGAUAUACCAUCUGUGCCAGAUUCUGUACAAUCAUCCUAACAUGAAAGCUGUUGUCCUUACUGAGAUUGAAAAGAUGCUGUUUAGGUCAAAUAUCUCGCCCCGCGCCCAGUACUAUGGCAUAUGUUUUUUGAAUCAGUUCUUCCUUGGAAAAGACGAUAACAGAAUAGCAGAGAAUUUGAUAAGAAUAUACUUUGCUUUCUUCAAAGCGUCUAUUAAAAAGGGUGAAAUUGACUCUCGCCUAAUGUCAGCCAUUCUGACUGGUGUCAAACGCGCCUACCCAUUCGCCGACAAAGACCGGCUGGCCGAAACUUCCAACCAUGUGGAUGCUAUACAUAAACUGGUGCAUUUGGCCAGUCUCAACGUGGCUAUACAUGCUUUAUCUCUCCUGUAUCACAUCAGUGACGCUUCCAAAGGAACUUCGGAUAGAUACUACACUGCCCUCUACCGUAAACUGACUAACGCGGAAAUAUUCAACACAACACAUUCCGCUCUACUCUUCUCGCUCAUUUACAAGUCGUUGAAGCAGGACAGCAAUAUCGACCGGGUGACUGCGUUCAUAAAGAGACUUUUACAGUUGUGUUGCUACAUGAGUCCAGCGCAGGCUUGCGGGAUGUUGUUCCUGAUAUCGCAAGUCUUAAAGAAUAGCGACAAAAAGGACGCCCUCAAACUGGUUUGGAGUAAAAAGGAAUUAAAAGAGGAAAUCAAAGAAGAUCCAGAAAACCAGCUAAAGACAGAUGAGAGUAAAGACGAAUCUGGCAACAUUCUAUCAGAAACAAAUGGCACAGAAGAGAAGCUAGAUAAUGCAGAACAAAAGAUAGAAGGCUCGGAAGAGAUGAAAGAAGAAGUAAAAAUGGAAUCGAAGAAGAUUGACCUUCUGCAUGGCGAUAAGAGAGAUCUGUUGAUAGAUGACGACGAAGAAGAAGCAUACGUGGACUUAAAGAUCGACGACGAGGGUAACAUAAAACCCAAAAAGCGACGUAAGAUGGCUGUCACAGGGUGGUACCACGCUAAAGUUGCUCCCGACAAAACAGACGAUACAGAAGAGAAAGAAGCUACCGCCAAAAUACAGCUCAAGAAGACCAUCAAUAUGGAUAGAGUAAUAUCGGAGUACAAUCCACAUGCCCGAAACCCGGCAUUCUCGGGCGCCCACUGCACGGCGUAUUUGGAGCUGUUGCCUUUGUCCAACCAUUUCCAUCCUAGUGUCAAGUUGUUUGCUCAGAAAUUGAUACAUGAGCAAAUAAUCCAUUACAGUGGUGACCCUCUCAAAGACUUUGCGGGCAUUCGUUUCCUCGACCGCUUCGUUUUCAAAAACCCUAAAAAACGCACUGAAGAUCAUGUGGAAGGCGAACUUAAAAGGAUUAAGGGGUCGCAUCCUAAGUUUGCUAUUAGGAAGAACUAUAUGGCCAGAGGAAUCAAGAGUGUGUCAGUAAAUUCAUCCACUUAUCUAAAUCAAGACGCAAAGGGAGUUCCAGUCGACGAGCAAUUUUUAUAUGAUUUCCUUCAAAAACGUCGCCAUGCCAAUGAUCCUGAUGACGAAGACAGCGAUAAAGACUCAGUCACCAGCGAAGACUUCGAACAGUAUCUUGACUCGUUCACAGGAACCAAGGCUGCAGAAGAAUCUGAUGAAGAAUUAGAUUAUCUAGCAGAACUGGCAGCGGCGAAACAGAAGCGUCCCAGCAAAGGUGAUAAGCAAAGUGAUGAUGAACUCGGUGAUGGUGAUGAAGAGGCUGAAGAUGAUAUUGGUGAUGAAGAUGGAAGUGAUGGUGAUCUGAAUAUUUCUGGAGAUGAUGAUGAACCGGUGCUGUCUGGUGAUGAAGACGAAUUACUUCUCGAAGAUAGCGAUGAGGAAGAACAAAUCGAUGUGCCUGGCAAAAAGUCCGCUAAUAAGAAAAAUCAACUCAAACUUAAAGGCAGCGACGACCUAGGCUCAUUAUUCGCGUCGGCGGAACAAUUCUCCACUCUACUAGAAGAAACAGCAUCAAACAAGAAACAAGGCUCAAGCCAAGCUGUAUCUAACACUGACAACGCGAGCACAAAACAGCUCGCCUGGGAAGACAACAGGGAUAGAUGGAUCAAAGGGUACAACAAAAAAAUCCUUGGCCACAAAGGAAACAACAAAAAGUUUAAAAAGAGAAACUUCAAAGACAGUCCAAACAAAAUGGCGGAUAGGAAAAAAGGCGGGAAGCGAAAAGACGGUGACUCUAGCGGUGUUGGCGGGAAAAAGAGAAAACAUAAGUAACUGUGUUGUAUAAUUAUCAUUAUGCAAAUUAAUAUUAAAAUGUUGACUU